UUAGCAUACCGUGGAAGACGUCAUUGUAAACUAGGCUCUCCCAUCAGUAGCAUUUUUGUCAUUUAGAGACAACUUUAACACACAAUAAGGCGCUGAUCAACAGCACUUUGUGAACAUUUUAAGUUGUUCUGUAUUCAAUUGUCAUAACCAGUUCGCAUUCAUCGAAAGUUGCCACCAGAGUCCCUAAAGCGGUAGAGCAUCCCCACAUAUGACGUGAGGUUACUUAUUAUCAUUUGAGGCACUUGGUCGUGAUGAAUCGGCCAAAGCCAACAGCCCUGCGGCGCCCCAGUGCUGCAAAAACAUCAGGCCAUCCUCCGCCCGGCGACUUCAUUGCUCUGGGCUCAAAGAGCCAGGGUGGCGAAUCCAAAGCCCCCGCUGUCCUCUUGAAGCCGGCCGCUACUGUUCUACCUGCCGACCGCAAGAGAGAGACCUCCUCCGCCCUUCCAUCCUCAUCAGGUCUGUCCAGCCUUGCCAAGCGGCCCAAGCUUUCCACCACGCCCCCGGUCAGUGCCCUGGGACGUCUCGCUGAUGUUGCGGCUGCAGACAAGAGAGCAAUAUCACCCUCCAUUAAGGAACCAUCGGUUAUUCCUAUAGAAGUGUCGCCAGCACUUUUGUUGGAUGACAUUGAGUUAGCCGAGUCGGAGGGCAACGAUGAGCGCAUUGAGGGGUUGCUGUGCGGUGCAGUGAAACAGCUCAAGAUGAACCGAGCCAAACCGGACAUCACUCUGUAUCUCAGCCUCAUGUUCCUGGCCAAGAUCAAACCCAACGUUUUCGCUACAGAAGGAAUCAUAGAGGCCUUGUGCAGCCUCCUGCGUCGAGACACUUCCAUUAAUUUUAAAGCAAAGGGAAAUUCCCUGGUGUCCGUUCUGGCCUGCAAUCUGCUGAUGGCCGCAUACGAAGAGGAUGAGAACUGGCCAGAGAUUUUUGUCAAAGUGUACAUUGAAGACUCCUUGGGAGAAAGAAUCUGGGUGGACAGCUCUCACUGCAAGAACUUUGUUGACAACAUUCAAACGGCUUUCAGCACCAAGAUGCCCCCUAAAAGCAUGCUGCUGCAGGCCGACACAGGCCGAACCGCAGGAGAUCUCAGUGCCGGUAGCAGCCCUCAUCCGUCAACUCCCGAUGAGGAUGACAGCCGAGCGGAAUUGCUAAUAGCGGAGGAGAAACUUAGCCCUGAGGAUGAAGGGCAGGUUAUGUCACGGUAUGAGGAACUAGCCGAGAGCGUCGAGGACUACGUGCUGGAUGUCCUGCGCGAUCAGCUAAACCGUCGACAGCCUAUGGACAACGUGUCACGCAAUCUGCUGCGCCUGCUGACUGCCACGUGCGGCUACAAAGAGGCUCGACUCAUGGCCGUGCAGAGGCUCGAGAUGUGGCUGCAGAACCCCAAGUUGACUCGGCCGGCGCAGGACCUCCUCAUGUCGCUGUGUAUGAACUGCAACACGCAUGGAGCGGACGACAUGGAGGUUAUUUCCAACCUGAUCAAAAUCCGCCUCAAGCCCAAAGUACUCCUCAACCACUAUAUGCUCUGUGUCAGGGAGCUGCUCAACGCGCACAGAGACAACCUGGCCACAAUGGUCAAGUUGGUAAUCUUCAACGAGUUGUCCAAUGCCAGGAACCCCAACAACAUGCAGGUUCUUCACACGUUGCUGCAACACAGCCCAGAGCAGGCGCCAAAGUUCUUGGCGAUGGUUUUCCAGGAUCUGCUCACCAACAAGGACGACUACCUCCGCGCCUCACGAGCCCUGCUGAGAGAGAUCAUCAAACAGACCAAACACGAAAUCAAUUUCCAGUCCUUCUGCUUCGGUUUGAUGCAGGAGAGGAAGGAGCCCACCUAUGUGGACAUGGAGUUCAAAGAGCGCUUUGUCAUCCAGGUCACCGAUUUGCUGACUGUCUCCAUGAUGUUGGGGAUCACAGCUCAGGUCAAAGAAGCCGGCAUUGCGUGGGACAAAGGAGAGAAAAAGAACCUGGAGGUCCUGAGGUCCUUCCAGAAUCAGAUUGCCUCCAUCCAGAGGGAUGCCGUGUGGUGGCUUCACACGGUGGUUCCCACCAUCAGCAAAGUGGGCGCCAAAGACUACGUGCACUGUCUUCACAAAGUGCUUUUCACGGAGCAACCCGAGACCUAUUACAAGUGGGACAACUGGCCGCCAGAGAGCGACAGGAAUUUUUUCCUGCGCCUCUGCUCCGAGGUGCCUCUGCUGGAGGACACGCUGAUGCGCAUCCUUGUCAUCGGGCUGUCACGCGAUCUGCCGCUGGGUCCGGCGGAUGCCAUGGAGCUCGCCGACCACCUGGUUAAGAGGGCUGCUGGCGCUCAGUCUGACGAUCUGGAAGUUUUGGUUGUCGAGCGGAUCCAGCUCAUUGACGCCGUGCUCAAUCUGUGCACAUACCAUCACCCAGAAAACAUUCAGCUGCCUGCAGGGUACCAGCCACCAAAUUUGGCAAUUUCCACCCUUUAUUGGAAAGCAUGGCUUCUGCUGCUGGUGGUAGCUGCGUUCAACCCACAGAAAAUAGGCUUGACUGCCUGGGAUGGCUACCCUACCCUGAAAAUGCUGAUGGAGAUGGUUAUGACCAAUAACUACACGUACCCGCCUUGCACCGUGGCGGACGACGACACCAAGACGGAGAUGAUCGGUCGUGAGCUGCAGAUCUCGCAGCGUGAGAAACAGGAGAUCCUGGCCUUCGAAAGCCACUUGGCCGCCGCAUCCACAAAACAGACCAUCACAGAGAACAACAGCCUGCUGCUUUCCCAGCUCACUAGUCUGGACCCGCAGGGUCCGCCUCGUCGACCUCCACCUCAGGUCCAGGAGCAAGUGAAGACCCUCAACCAGUCCCUGCGCCUCGGCCAUCUCCUAUGCCGUAGCCGGAACCCGGACUUUCUACUCAACAUCAUACAGAGACAGGCUUCGUCCCAGUCCAUGCCCUGGUUGGCUGAUCUGGUCCAGUCCAGCGAGGGGUCCUUAGAUGUGCUCCCCGUGCAGUGCCUGUGUGAAUUCCUGCUGCACGACGCUGCAGACGACAGCCUGCAUCUAGACGACGACGACGAAGGAGGGAGCAAAGAACAAAAAGCCAAGAGAAGACAAAGGCAGCAAAAACAAAGGCAGCUCCUCGGACGGCUUCAAGAUCUUUUACUGGGUCCCAAAGCCGAUGAGCAGACAACCUGCGAAGUUCUGGAUUACUUCCUGCGUCGUCUCAGCUCCUCUCAGGUGGCUUCAAGAGUCCUGGCAAUGAAGGGCUUGGCACUGGUGCUAACCGAAGGAGGUCUGAAGGACGGAGAGGAACGCGACCAGCCCAUGGAGGAGGACUCCACAGAUGCCGAGCUUCUGCCGGGGUACCAGUGGUUGCUGCAGGACCUCCCCAAGCUCCCGAUGUUCGACAGCGUCCGAGGCAUGACGUCCACCGCCCUGCAGCAGGCCAUACACAUGGAGACCGAUCCUCAGACCAUCAGUGCCUAUCUCAUCUACCUGUCACAGUAUGCACCAGUGGAAGAGCAGGCUUCUCACAACGACUUGGCUUUGGAUGUGGCCCGGCUGAUCGUGGAGCGCUCCACCAUCAUGAACAAUCUUUUCUCCAAGCACUCCUGCAGGCCCGAGUCGGAGGCUGUCCUCGGCGCAUUCCUCACCAUUUUCUCCGCUUAUAUCAGGAGGAUGAGGAAGACCAAAGAUGGCGAGGAUCUCUACAGCUGGUCAGAGUCUCAAGAUCAGGUGUUUCUGCGCUGGACUACAGGCGAGACAGCCACCAUGCACAUCCUUGUCGUCCACGCGAUGGUCAUCCUACUUACCCUGGGACCGCCUAAAGGAGAGAGUGACUUCUACUGUCUUUUGGACAUUUGGUUCCCCGACAAGAAACCAUUGCCAACUGCCUUCCUGGUGGACACGUCAGAGGAAGCCCUGCUGUUGCCUGAUUGGUUAAAACUGAGGAUGAUUCGAUCUGAGGUGCCUCGAUUGGUGGAUGCAGCUCUGCAAGACCUGGAGCCUGAGCAAUUGCUACUGUUUGUGCAAUCGUUUGGAAUUCCGGUCUCAAGCAUGAGUAAACUGUUGCAGUACUUGGACCAGGCUGUCACUGUUGAACCACGGGCACUAGAGCAGAACAUUAUGGACAAGGACUACAUGGCCCACUUGGUGGAGGUGCAGCAUGAGCGAGGUGCCACCGGGGGGCAUGCUUUCCAUAGGUUGCUGAGCUCCUUCCUUCCACCUCAGAGAGAUGCUGCAGAACCAAGUAAAUCCAAAGUUACAGUGGAAACUCCCCACGGUUCUGUUAAGAUGAGAGCGGCCACGCAGCUCCCUGCGGUCGGGCCUGAUGAUGACCUUACAGGCUUGAUGCUGCGGAUAUUCCCUUUGAAGGCAGAGCCGCGCUGGCCCGGCCCGCCCCCCAACCAGCUCUCGCUGGCCUUGCAGCAGGCUCUGGCCAAAGAGCUGAUGCGGGCUAAGCAGGGUCAAGUUCACCAAGCCGGGCUGGCUCUGCGUCUCCUUCAGGGCAUUGCCGCAUUGCUUACUUCGAGCCAUGCCGGGCCCAUUGUCUUGUCCAUGCACCGCAACCACGCCCUCGCUUGCCCGCUCAUGCGCCAGCUUCACCUCUACCAGCGCCUAGUUCCACAGGACGUUUCCUUCUCUUCUUUAUUCCUCAAAGUCAACGUUGAGAUGCUCAUCUGGCUUGACAAUCCCUCCAUGGAGGCGGGCCCGCUAAAGACUCUGCUCAAGUCUUUCAUUGGCCAAAACUCUCUCACACACCGACACAACGAUGUACGCUCAGGCUUCCUCCACCUGGCUGAAGCGCUUGCCUAUCAUAGCGACACCGAGGUGCAAAUGAGAGCCAUCAUAGCCAUGCUGAAGGCCAAAGAGAGAUGCAACGCAGAGCCGGAGCUCAUCGGAAAAGUUUUACAAGGGCUGAUGGAGGCCAAGUCUCCACAUUUGGAAGAGCUGUUGUCUCUUUUGUUGACGGCCAGCAGCCAGAACGGGACAUCCGUCCCCGUUGCCACGGUUAUUUCUUUGCUAUUGCAGGAAAGCGAGGAGUGCGUCGUGAAGAACGAACCGGAUGCAAAUACCAACAGCUCCGAGGUGGCAAAGUCCGGCCUGAGCUCGGGUCUGCUGGUGGAUUGGAUGGAGUACCUUGACCCUGAGGUCACGUCCGUGUGUCCCGACCUUCAGCAGAAACUCUUGUUUGCCCUCAACAAGGCGCGAGGCACUCCUGCCUACAGGCCUUACCUUCUCGCCCUGCUCACGCAUCAGUCUAACUGGUCCACGCUGCUGCAGUGCAUCAACGCUCUGCUCAGCAAGCGAAAAGACUACAAGCUUGAUCCGACGUCAGCUCUGGAUUUCCUGUGGGCGUGCAGCCACAUCCCACGCAUCUGGCAAGGACGCGACCAGAAAAUCCCUCAAAAGAAAACUGAGAAAUUUGUGAUGCGGCUCAGCUCUGAGGAGCUCAUCAGUCUGGUGGAUCUGAUUCUGGCCGAGUCGGAGCUUAACUGCCGCAGUGAGAGGAGCGCGCCGGCGGAGGAGGAGGCGUCCUGCUCGCUCAUCCAGGCCCGGCUGCCGCUACUCCACUCCUACUGCAACGGCCACCUGGACAACAUCAAGAAGGUCUCAGAGUAUCUCAUCAGCUGCACCAAGAAGUGGGAGGACAGUGCCAUGAGUAAGCGUUGCCAGAACUUGCUACUGCAAAUCUACCUCCACUUCCCCGAGGUCAUCCAGCACGUCACCUUGCCCGAGGGCACGCUCAGCAGCGGGGGGACAGCGGACGGCAGCAGCUGCAAGCUUGACGUGCUGGUCCACCGUCUGGUUACGCUGCUCGCCGAUGUCGUGGAAUCCAAAUCAGCUGAGGGACGUGUUUCCGAUGCCAAUCUCGCGUGUCGGAAACUGGCCGUGUCACAUCCUGUCCUCUUGCUCCGGCACCUGCCCAUGAUCGCAGGCCUGCUUCACGGCCGCAUUCACCUCAACUUUCGCGAAUUCCGCCAGCAGAACCACAUGAUGUUCUUCAGCAACGUGUUGGCCAUUCUGGAGCUGUUGCAGCCCCUGGUCUUCCACGUUGACCACCAGAGGGCGCUUCAAGACUGCCUUCUGUCUUUCAUGAAGGUCCUUAAGAACUUUCAAAGGAGUCGUUCUCCACUGGUCUUCAUCAACAAGUUCCUCCAGUUCACACAAAAGUAUAUUACCCAUGAUGCAGCAGCCGCCAUCCCAUACCUGCAGAGGCACUCUGAUAUAUUGCAGAGCAUGAGUGCUGAAAACCCAGACCUGGUCCAGCUAAAGUCUCUGCUAGCUGGGCUCACUCUUCCUGUAAAAAGCUCCUCCACGGAGGUCUCUACAGAAGACGGAGAUGAUGAGAUGGCGGCCGGUUCCCUCCCUCUGGUCAACAUCUCCGCGUCGGUUCCACUCAGCGGCACCGACAUGACGACGUAUCUGCGGAAUAUUUCAAGAGGCGAGGCCAUGGAGGAUGUGUUGGAAGUGUUGACGGAGGUGGAUGAGAAGUCAAGGAGGAGCCCGGAGAUCAUCCAAUACUUCAUUAAUGACCUGCAGAGACUCAUGACGUCCUCGGAGGAGUUGUGUCGCAACAUUGCAUUCAACCUGGCGCUACGUUGCAUCCAGAACAAUCCCUGCCUGGCAACCGACUUCCUGCCGACAUUCAUGUACUGCAUGGGCAGCAGCGACUUCGAUGUGGUGCAGACGGCUUUGAGGAAUCUUCCGGAAUACGUGCUGCUCUGUCAAGAACAUGCAGACAUUUUGCUCCACAAGGCGUUCUUAGUGGGGGUCUACGGACAAAUUGACACCAGUUCAAUGAUAGCGGACUCCAUGAAGGUCCUUCACAUGGAGGCCAUUUAACUUAAUACAGUUGCACGUUCAUCUGAUCGAAAUUGGACAAUUUAGUUCAGACACGCAAUUUCUUGAGUGGUUUCUUCGGUGGUCAUCUUAUUUUAGGUUAUAUGAGUGGAUCUCAAAUCAUUUGAAUGUCAUGGAAGCAUACGUUUUUUUUUCUUUUCAAUUCAAAAGGUGUAACUUGAACUACACAGAUUCAUAUCGGGGGAGUUGCGGUUUUUAACAUGUUCAUUCAUAAUGUUUCGUAAAAAGUGUGUCAUGGCUAUGUAAAAGUCCGUAGUUGUAUUAAGUAGUCACAGAACGCUUUCCAGCAUACACAGAAUAGCUGUGCUAAACUAGCAAUUGCUUCCUAAACAAGCCAAGCUUAGUGAUGAUGGCUAUGCCGGUAGCAGGAUUUAGUUAUAAUAUUAUUACUACAUGAUGAAUUUGGAGAUUUUGUUAGCUGUCGAGCUGAAGGUAUCGAAAUGAUAAAAGAAAAUCAUGAUGAAAUAUUACUCACAGCGUAAUGAAUCCAGCGUACAAAUUUCACUUUUUGAAUUGAACCACUGAAAUGAAUUCACUUUUAACUGCUUUAUCUCUUUGAUUGAAUGUAAAAUCCAUCAUCCAUAUGUAAAAUCCACUCUUGCAAUUUGAAUGUCUGAAUUUGAAACAUCAACAUUGCUUGAAUUUUAAACGAGGGACCACAAAGGUUCUCUAUUAUGGAUUCCA